GUUUUCAGUAAAACUAGACAGGAACUGGCUUGUCAACCCAGAAAAUUUAUAGUUCUGCACCUUAUAUGUACUUAGUUGAUUAAAAUUUCUACAGAAGAAGUUUCUGGAUGAGGGAGUAGAGUGCUUUGAUCAUGCCUGGAAACAAUUUGAAUAUCAAGCGCUGGACCAGCAAAAAUACAGCCAAGUGGUUAAAGGAGGAAGGCUUCAGCGAGUAUGUAGAUCUUCUAUGUAAUAAACACAGGUUGGACGGUAUUGCCCUAUUAACUUUGACUGAAUAUGAUUUGCGCUCACCACCUUUAGAACUGAAAGUGUUGGGCGACAUUAAAAGGCUUAUGGUAUCUAUCCGGAAACUACAAAAACAGAACAAAGACCUGUUGGAAGAGAUGGGCUAUAAUAAUGAUGAGUGGCUUGAUGCUACCGUCAGACACUCAAAUUCUAUACAGAACACAGACUGGCUGUGUAAUGGCGUGGAACAUUUGAUGGGUGCCUCUGCCGGAGGCUCGAUUGAUGAACAGCACCAGAACGCAAAUGGCAAAUGCAAGCAUCGAAGACUUGACCCAGAGUUCUGGAAGACUGCUCUGGGCUCCAUUUAUGUUUUCAUAGUAUUUGGCUUCACAUCAUUUGUCAUGGUGCUAGUUCAUGAACGAGUCCCUGAUGUCCAGACCUAUCCACCUCUGCCAGACAUAUUCCUGGAUAGUGUCCCAAGGAUACCAUGGGCUUUUGCAAUGGCUGAGGUUUGUGGUGUUGUGCUCUGCAUUAUUUGGAUGCUGGUGUUGCUGCUUCAUAAGCACAGGUCUAUCAUAUUCCGUCGCAUGUGUAGCCUGAUGGGAACAGUGUUCCUCUUGCGUUGUGUUUCUAUGUUUGUCACCUCACUCUCUGUGCCUGGCCAACAUCUGCAGUGUUCUGGAAAACUGUAUGGGGACAUGUGGGCCAAGCUUCAUAGAGCAUUUGCAAUUUGGAGUGGUUUUGGAAUGACACUGACUGGAGUGCAUACAUGUGGAGAUUACAUGUUCAGUGGUCACACAGUUGUGAUUACUUUGCUUAAUUUCUUUGUCACAGAAUAUACACCAAGAAGCUGGAACUUCUUGCAUACCUUGUCUUGGGUAUUGAACUUAUUUGGGAUCUUCUUCAUUCUUGCUGCACAUGAACAUUAUUCAAUUGAUGUAUUCAUUGCAUUUUACAUCACCACCAGACUCUUUUUGUACUACCACACUCUGGCUAAUACUCGUGCAUAUCUGCACAGCCGAAGAGCACGUAUUUGGUUCCCAAUGUUUUCAUUCUUUGAGUGCAAUGUCAAUGGUGCUAUUCCCAAUGAAUAUGGUUGGCCAUUUUCUACUCCACCAUUAUUAAAAAGAUGGUUUGCUUAAAAAGUCACCAACACUAAAGUAACCAGCGAUGUAGUUUUUGAGAGUAUGAUUAUUUAUGGGGGGGUGGGGGAAUGAAGCGUAAGAAGCAGUUUCUGGUUUUCUAUCCAGACAUAACUCUAUGGCUUAAGCCAGAUACAAAUGUGAAGUAGAAGAGAGAACCUGGUGUUUAACUGAUGGUUUGACAAGUUCUCAGUUGAUCCUAAGUGGAAUUAUGUUCUGCUUUCCCAAAUGGGCCAACAGUCUUGAUUUAGAGAUUCUCUAUCUUGAUUGCCUACUCAAGAUAGUGACUGUGCAGUGUGUUGACUGUGUUUGUCAACAGGUAAACAUUCUGCCCAGUCAAUUUGCAGAGGUGAGUUUUGAUAGCAGAGACAAAGAAGGAAUUGCAGUCUUGGAAAAGUAUCGCUGCUGAAUAUGACACUUUGAUAUCCUGAAGAGGAAUAUUAACAGAGAAAUUAAAAUUAAUGAAAUGCUGCAAUGUCCAAAAGGCUAAUGUAAGAGAAGGUCUUUGAAAGAACUUUUGUAUUGGCAGGUUUUUGAAGAUUCCACAAUGUGUUGAGGAUGUUUACGGUAUUAAAAAAAACUAUUUUGUAUUUUUUCCUAAGAUUGUUUUAUUUCAGGGAAACAAUGUUUUGCUCAUCUAAAGAAACACCGCAUAGACUAGUGGGGAUCAAAAAUCAGGGAAAAUCUAAGAAGGAGCACCUCCAUUCACAACUUCAACUUUUGUAUUUCCUUAAACACCACAUUAGCAUUUAACCAAAAACUCAUGAAUCAUCCAUUCCUGAAGCAAUAAAAAAAAUUGUCUCGUACUAGUCUGUUUUGGAAUAAACGAUCUAGUAUUGGUCCUCACCAUUUUUGUUUUAAAACCUCUAUAACUGUUUGUGACAUUUUUCGUAGCUUCAUCUCUCAAUACAAACCUCAAAACAUUACAUACAGUAUUAGCUGUGUGAUGCAACUCUGCUAGAAACCAUGUCAGCAACUUGUAAACAAAGAAAUGAGACCGUUUUUUUGGAUAUAAAAAAUUGUUCUCAAUUCAGAGUUGUAAAGUUAUGGACUCAAUCUGCGAUCUGUCUAUUUUGCUUAGAAUUCCCAGUUCACAUAUUUCUGAUAUAGCAUCUAAAGCGCAAUUAGGCACAGCUUACAAGAUCAUUCAGCAGCCUUCCUCGGCUAAGUAGAGCAUGGUACUGUUUGAUAGUUUAGGUUGUAAAUCCCAUUCUUAUCCAAUAUGUUAAUCCUUUGACCUUUGGAGGUGUUAUUGUGGCACUAACCUGCAAGUUGUAUAUCACAAGCACUUUGUUGACUUACAGGGUUUGCUCCUUUUUGCUUGGUUUUGAUAAUUGGCUCUGCAUUAUCCGUAAGACAGGUAGAUUUUUGAUUUAAAACAAUAAGUGUUCUAUUUAAUGAUAUGCAUUAUUACAUGGUAUUUUACGUAUGUUACUAUCUGGCGAUAAGACUGCAUUGUUAUUUGUGGGGAGACAAUAACCUUUACAUGUUUUCACUACCUGAUAAAAUUUGGAAGCAUGGCAUUUUUAUCUCCAUUAAGAAAUGUAUAUACAUUUAUAAAGUAUUUUACAUCUUUGACGCUGAACCUGUUAAAGCCAGGUACAGUAUUGAUGUACUGUGAGGUUUACUGAGUAAAGGAAUGAUCUGGAUUAAGAAUUUCAAAAUUGCACUUACACUUGCGCUUUCCAUUAGUUUACAUUUUAAAAUGAGUCGUGGGUCAAUUCAAUGGUGUUUGACACUAAAUCUGUGCCAACUGAUUUAUCUUAGUAUUAAUAGGCUACAAUUGAAUAAUUUGUGCUGAAAACCAUGACAAACGAUGUACAACUGCCUGAUUAAUGUGUAUAUCUCACACAGUAGCUUUUUUGAGCCCCAGGUCAUUCCGUUCAUAUUUGUCAUCAGUUACCACAAUAAUCUAAAAUGAAAGCCAAAAUGCUAUAAUUGGAUGAGCUUUAUUUGCAACAGCCUUGUAGACUAUAUGCAAAGCUGGAUCUGAAUGGAGAUUAAAUACUGUGGAAAUAUUGGAUUUGAUUCCUGAAUGUUUACAUUACUGAUGAUUGUAGCUGAGCAAUGACUUAAAGUUACAAUUGAUUUAUUUUGCUUAACUUGCUUACCUUUUUAUGCUUUUUGAACUUGUGGGUUGCAAAUCUUUUUGGUAGCAAAGAGUACCUGAAUAUGAAGACCUUGGAGGGAUGAAACAAGUUCUUGAGGAUGUGAAAGAAAUUUAUCUGCAUGCACUGUGGACUAAAACUAUUUGAAGGUACCACAUUUACAAGGCAAAUUUAUCAUAACUGGUUUGUUAAUAAAUGGUUGUAGCAAUUUCAUAUGAAGUCAGCCAUUCAAGCUGCCAAAUGUUUUGAUAAUGAAUCAUUUAUUUUACUCUUGUGCAAGUGUCUCCUUUUGGUUGACGUAGUGUUCCCAAUGGACAAAUUAUUGUCUUUUACUUGCCAGAAAAUGUUUAGCUUUUAAGAUUUUUUUUGUUCUGUGGAUCUCUGUGUUUUGAAGAUGUAACUUUCUAACCCUCUCAUUCUCUGUUGUCCAGGUAGCAGACACUAAUUGGUGCUAGAAUUGGGCUGCUGCUUUAAAAAAUUAUGCAAAUGUGUUUUGUCUCCUUUGCACCAUUAAGUUGUUUUUUUUCUGAUUUCCAACCCUAUCAUAGAUUUAAUUUCCUUGUCUGCGAUAGAGUUCCUUGUAAAUAUUAUUAUUGUAAAACUUCACCAGCUGAAGUUACAAUUGAAUAAAUAUUCCAUUUACAACAGUACAUUUGGUUUAAUCAUAAAAUAAAGCCAAAGCCAAAGGGCCAGGUUAGCACAACAUGCAAGACCAAUAUGCUAAAUGGAUGUAUUGUAAAUGUUUAAUACAUUCUAAAAUCAUUUAUUCAUUAAUAGAUGUUAAACCACAAAAUACAUGAAGGCUUACAUUUAACUGGAAACCUGUUGAGUCCUUUGUGUUUAGGAAUUAAACAAGAAAUUUGAGUUUUUUNAAUGGUCCCACAAUCCCAAAUUUAUAAAGAGCUAUCCACAGGCCUAAACUGUCCAUCAGUUGUCCAUAUUGUUCUGCUUUUGAUUUAUAGCAAACUAGAACCAGAUAUUUUGUGUAGGUAGACCUACCCUUUGCUAUCUCCAUGUUACAUCCUAAAGUUAUGUUUCAGUGUUUUGUGAAGGGAGAGGACUCCACACAAUGCAUUGUUGUCCUAUUAUGUUGUCAUGAGAGUAGAACUUUAUGAUGUAUUCUGGAGGGGACAAGAGGGAGUUUCUGUGUUAAAUGCUUCCAAUCCAUUGUGGAUCAACAUUGCUAAAGCAUGAAAAUAAGGUGAUUUGAAGGCUUGUGAUACAAUUGCAAAUUAUAAUAUUUAAAAUUAUAGGACAAUGCAGUGGAAGGCAUUUUCCACAUUCAGAAUAGCAAAACUGGAAAAUUACUGUCCUGUAUUCUAACGUUGUUUUCAAGGCUCUAACACUGGAAUAACAUGCUUUGUAUAUCCCAUUGAAUGUAUUGCAGCCUGUUAAAUCUUGCCUAUUUGUUCUUACUUUAUACAAUUGCAAGGAUUCAGUAUCAAAAAUUCCAAAGUUUGGUCUUAUAAAGUCUCUUUGCUCCAUGUAUGACAGCACAAUGCAAAAAAAAAGGCUUUCAAAAAAAGGUCACAACCCAAAAGCAGAUGUUUACUUUUUUAACAUACAUUUUUGCAAUCAUCUGAAUGGAACACUGACAUUAAAAAGUGUUCCAUUAUGUUGCUUUUUAUUUUUCAAUACUGUUCAACUAAUGAAAUAAGCUUGGAACAGAUGCAUUUGAUGUUUAUAUUUAUUCAGAUCUUUCAGUUUUGUAACAUUGCCUGUAGAUGAUCCCGUUGAAAUUAAUGAAUAAUGAAAACUAUUAAAACAGCAGUUUUUUUGCAGAGCACUAUCGGUAAGCUACAUGUAAUUCCGCCUUCAUAGUGAUGGUGUUUGUUGCAUUUACUGAAGUUUAUUAAGCAUUCUAAAAUAGUUUUGUGUAAAGCAACUUGAAAAUAAAGUUCUACAUUUAACUAAAAA